GAAAGUCAAAAUACAGGAGAGCAAAAUACGACAGUUUCCCAGUGAAAACGGGAGUGCUAACUACUGUUUUUAUAAAAAGGAAACUAGUCCAAAGAGUGCGCUAUGGAUGGUGUCUUUUGCGCAUGCGCUCCCUUGAAAGGCGGAAGUGUAUGAAGUAGACGCUAGUUGCCAAACUUUGUUGUCCAUGUGGGUUUCGAUUUCCCGAAGAAACGAUAAGAUUCUAAACCUUUCCUGCUGACUGCACACGGGGGAAGUCAAGGUUUUUAGGCACAGCAGGAAGCACCUUGAAGAGACCGGGACGCUUCACUCCGCUUUGACGCCGCUUGGCCAUGCAGCCCCGUGCCACUCAAAAAGCAGUCUCCAGCGAGCUGUUUGAGUCCCUGAAGCUGUACUUGAACAACAAGAACAGACUGCAGCCCAUCAUCGGGCUGCGCAGCAUCACGGAAUGCGUGAAGGUGGGAUCGCCCGGCAGGGAGGUGCUCUACCUGUGCGAGGUGUGCGAAUGCAGACUCGGCAAAGGCGACAUGCGCAACCACAUCAUGGGGAGCCUGCACAGAUACAACUACACCAAAGCCUGGUACCCUGACCUGCUGUCUGGCGUCAAGGAGGACGGCGACAUGUCUCUGCUGGCCAGGCCGCUCAUGGAGAUCGCCAGGACACUGGAGGACAAGGACGGCCCCGGGGACAUCAAGCUGCUGGAGGUGGAGGAUGCUGCGUUCCAGAGGAUCAAAGGAUACAGUAACGGCGAGGCAAUUAGUUUGAUCAGGCUCCUCACGCAUGGACCCGCCCACACCGACACCUCGGCGUGCACGGAACAGGACGACGAGCCGUCCCAGAGGGUGGUCUUGCUGGGUCACGGGGAGGUCACUGUCCCUGGUGCUGAACAGGUUGCCUGGUCCGAGGACGCGGUCCAACAAGUCCCUCCUGCCUGGGUUCAGGGCCAUGGGCGCAACUUCCUGAAUGGCUACAAAGGAGGGAAGCCUCUGAUUGGUCUUCACAGGCUGUCCGAGUGCAUGGACGACCACGGCUGCACUUCCUGUUUCCUGUGCCACUGCUGCUGCACGCGAGUCAACAAGCGGGCUCUCGUUGACCACAUCAGCAGCCCGGGGCACGUCUUCAACUACCUGAUGGAAACCCGCCAUGAGCAGGUGGAGGCCGUGGGAACCGACCUUCAGAACAAUUGGCAGCUUCUGCAGUCGCUGGCCAGGCAGGUGGAACGUGAGGAGGGAAGAGGAGACGUUGAGGUGAUCAAUGCACCCCAGUUCCUUUGCGGCCUCCUAGCUACCAAAAGUUACAACUGGUGCAUCAAAAGACUUUGGAAGAGGAGCCACCCAAACGCCCGCCGGUGGAAAAAAGCCCACCAAGGUUCAAAGGUCACCAGGCUUCCCAAACAGGGAGCGCGUCACCGGAAGAAGAGCGGGGCGGAGGUGAAAAACACGGUGUUCAAGGUAAGCCUGCCUCUUACUGAAGGUCCGCUACUGCUGGAGAGGACGUCUUUCAGCCGGGACAGCCCACCUGGGUCGCCGGUCCCCUGGGCUGACCCCCAGGAGGAGGAGCCUAAUGCGGAGGUGAAGGAGGAGCCCUAUUUCAAGUGGGAGGAGCCUGUUUUGAACAUUGGCUCCGAGCCGUUUACCGAGAACCAGUCUUUGGACGACGAUCAGUAUGCGCCGGCUGAUGUGACCGUCGCUCACUUCGCGGAUCAGUCCGACGACAUCGGCGAGGGUGCGAAUCCCGGCAGACUGACGCCUUUUCAGAAAAGCUCACGGAGGAACUCGAAUUCUUGGCAAAGUCCAGCGCCGGUCGGCGAGUGGUCGGCGUACAGUCAUGCCUACUCGCACCAGGAGGGGUACGCCCUGGAGUGGCACAACUCGUCUCUACCGCACCCCGCCGCCAACGCUCGUGCCGACGGACCAGACCUUCCCAGUCUCACGACCCAGUAUGGCUACCACCCGCAGCCCGCAUCACACGCCAUCAGCGGCGUUGCUACGGUCACAGCAGGGCACCACAUCAACGCGCAAAAGAUGCCGCCUCCCUUUGCUUAUCCCCCCGCCGCCGUUCACGGCAACGGGACAACGCCGGGACACGGACUCCACUUUCACGGGAUCAAGCAGGAACGAUAUCAGACGUACACGCAAUUCCAGAGCGGUCCCGUCCCGGCGGCCCAGACCUACUGGACUCAGCCCGUGGCUUACCAGGCCGUCCAGGGACAGGGGUACCAGGGUUAUCACAUGGCGCCCUGGUCGUCUCAGCCCACGACUUACUGUCCACACCCGCCCGGCCAUUGGAGGGCGCACCCCGAUCCGUCCGUCCCACCCGGGCCAGCUUUCUGAAGCUCUCGUCAGUCCAUCCGGUAUUUAGCGUUCAUGUUACUUCAAUGGACACUUUUUUUUUUUUUGUAUUGACGUGACGUGGUCGGAAGACUAUCUCCGAUCAGCCUAAGAAAGGCUGAUAUAAUAUUGGACAUCAGGUAUCAGGUGACACCGCCAAUAUGGCCGUUAGAUUUAUGACUAUGCAUAAUUGGGCACAGCGCUUCAAAAAUAUGAUUAAUGGAUGCUGAAGACAUCAUUUAUGCUCACUCUCUUUAUGCUUUAUUGCUCCGGUUGCACGCACACUUUUGUGCAUUGUAUCAAGAAUCAAGUUUAUUUUGCACCUGGUGGUGCGUUUGUGUGUGUGUGUGUGAAGAGAUAGAAAUUAUAUUUUCAUUUUUUUGUUAACUUUGUAUUUCGUAUAUAAAACAUCAGAAGUGUGUGAUGCGUUUUUGUUUUGUUGGUGUUACUGACAUUGGCUCAUUUUAUGCUAAUA